AAGCUGACUGCCGUCUGUACUUUGGCACAGAGAGAAAACACAAAACAGGUCCGAGGUUUCUGUCGGUUUCUCGUCUCGCGCCGUCGUCGCCCUGUUAACAGCUCACUGCUGCAUGUCGUGAUGGCGCAGGAAAAUCUGUCCGUGGUGCUGCACUCUCAGGGAGACCUCAGGCUGGAAAAACGCCCCGUCCCAGAGCCAGGACCUAAUGAGGUUUUGCUCCAGAUGCACUCUGUUGGAAUCUGUGGAUCUGAUGUCCACUAUUGGCAGCACGGCCGAAUUGGGGACUUUGUACUAACAAAGCCAAUGGUGUUGGGGCACGAGGCGUCAGGGCGAGUGGUGAAGGUUGGAUCAGCAGUCAAGCAUCUUAAAGUAGGUGACAGAGUGGCCAUUGAGCCAGGUGUGCCCCGCGAGACGGACGAGUUUUUCAAAAACGGACGAUAUAACUUGUCUCCCACCAUUUUCUUCUGUGCCACACCCCCAGACGAUGGAAACCUGUGCAGAUACUACACGCACAGUGCCAACUUCUGUUACAAGUUGCCUGAUAAUGUGACAUUUGAGGAGGGAGCUCUGAUUGAACCUCUGUCUGUGGGGAUCCACGCCUGUCGCAGAGCCGGCGUUACGCUCGGCAGCACCGUGUUCAUCUGUGGUGCAGGACCUAUUGGGUUGGUCUGUUUGCUUGUGGCCAAGGCAAUGGGGGCCUCACAGGUCGUCAUCACCGAUCUGUUCCCAGAGCGCCUGACGGUGGCCAAAGAGCUGGGUGCUGACUUCCAGGUGACGGUGAAGAGAGGAGAUGGACCCCAGCAGCUCGCCAAGAGUGUAGAGGACAUGCUUGGAGCUCCGCCUCACAUCACUAUUGAAUGCACUGGUGUUGAGAGCAGCAUCCAAACUGCCAUCUAUGCAACACGUUCAGGAGGCGUGGUGGUGCUGGUGGGUCUCAGCUCUGAGAUGGCCACUAUUCCUCUGAUCAACGCUGCUGUGAGAGAAGUGGACAUCAGAGGAGUCUUCCGCUACUGCAACACCUGGCCGAUGGCCAUAGCAAUGUUGGCGUCAGGUAAAGUGAAUGUGAAGCCCCUCGUGACCCACCGCUUCCCUCUGGAGCAGGCAGUCCAGGCCUUUGAAACCACGCGUCAGGGUCUUGGGAUAAAGGUCAUGUUAAAGUGUGACCAGAAUGACCAGAACCCCUGAUGUGACCCGCCACAGUGAAACAAAACAGAGUGACUCAGCGUGAUAGGCAGACAUCCACAAACUGGACAUUGACCCUGAGAAAGAUAACAGAGCUGGUUUGAAGAGACAGACUAAUAACAGCACUGACUGCUCUAUCCCCUGCACAAGACAUGUAAUUAGCAUCAAAUGGUACGAGUGAUUAUUUUAUGAUGAUCAACUUUGUUAUAUAACCAACAUUUAAAUUGUUUUAUGAUUGUUUAUCCUUUGCAAUUCUUUUGCAUCUGGAAUUUAAAUAAUUUUAAACACUGUAAACUUGGUAAAUAAACCCUUUAAAUAAUCAAA